GGCGGGCCUUCUCCGCCUCCAAGGCCUCUCGGUUGCCGGAGAGAAGGCCCUAGUGUUCCCUCUCUCCCUCAGAGGCAGCGGGGCCAUGGUCCCAGGCGAGGCCGCGGAGCGGGAGAGAGGCCAGGCCUCGCCGGAGGAGGAGGAGGAGGAGACGCAGAAGCAGCGGCUCUUCCUCGUCAAAGGUGGCAUUUUUCUUACUACAGUUGCAGCGGCAGGAAUUCUAGCAGGUUUUGGUACAACACUUGCCAUGGCAAAAAAGAAAAAUCCUAACUGGUUCAAUAAGGGUGUGGUGGCCACAGCUGCUUUGCCAGAGAGUGGUUCGUCCCUUGCCUUGCGUGCCUUAGGAUGGGGUUCUCUGUAUGCCUGGUGUGGAGUAGGAUUGAUCAGUUUUGCUGUCUGGAAGGCUUUGGGUGUUCACAGUAUGAAUGAAUUUCGGAACAAAAUUCAAUCAGUAUUUCCAACAAUUCCUAAAAAUGCAGCACAGCCUGUUGAAUGGGAGGCCAUUCUGAAAUCCAAAUGAAUGGUUCAUGGAGAAACUUUUGAAUCUUUUAAAAUUGCAGAAGAGUUAAAUACGUACAGAAAUCUCACUGCCCAAGGCAUGGGGAAGAAAGAAGAUAACCUAAUCACAGUCAUUUGUUUGCAACACAGUCUGGCCUUCAUUUGCCAGACUGCGGUAAAAUUUACUGUUGGAUUAUUCCUGCUAUCAGAAGUGAUGGUACAUUUUGAUAAAGACAAAAAUGUGGGUGAGAAAUUUGUGUGUGGAAGUGACCUUGAUAUUUAUCAAUAAAAUCAGGAGACAAAU